ACGACGACAGAGGACGGUGACGGUAUCGACCGGUGUUUGGUGACAUUUGAUUAGCAGCUGAGAUAUCGCGGUGAUCCGGUGACACCGUGUGUGUUUGAUUGUCACCUCAAUCACGACUACUUUACGGCAGACUGGACUGGUCAAACCACAGGUCAAAAGGUCACAGCCUCCCCCCUCCCCGGACGGUGUAGAAUGUUCCAGAAACUCACCUGCACUGAAGUCCCCCGCCCCCCCGCUGGCCUCCCUCAGGGUGGCGCUCCUCCCGACCUGCAGGUCCCGCCGGUACAGCAUGUCUUCCGCGGUCCGCAGCUUGGACCUCAGCGCCUCGUUCUCGCUGUGGCUGCGGGAAAUCUCCAGCUGCAGCACGGCGUAACUCUCCUCCACCAGCCCGCAGACCUCCGCCACCGCCGCCUUGGCCAAAGCCUCCAUGAUGGAGGACAGCUGCGCCUGGAACGCCCGGUACAUGGUCGUGAACGGGCGGCAAAGGACGACAAAGUUACCGGGACGUGGACUCACACGGACAUCGUCACUCAGGACUUGGUUCGACGUCGAGCGGAACACAACGACGGUGAGAUCUUCUCUCUGGAGGAGGUUUCUCUUCAUCAACAGGACAUCGAGAAGAUCCAACAUCUGGACAAAUGGUGCAGAGAGCUGAAGAUCCUGUACCUGCAGAACAACCUCAUCUCCAGGAUGGAAAACCUUGGUCGUCUGAAGAAACUGGAGUAUUUGAAUUUGGCCUUGAACAACAUUGAAGUCAUUGAAAACCUUGAAGGCUGCGAGAGCCUCCAGAAGUUGGACCUGACCGUGAAUUUCAUCGGUCGUCUGAGCAGCGUGGAAUCUCUGCGACACAACGUCCACCUCAGAGAGUUGUUUCUGGUGGGAAACCCCUGCUCCGACUACGACGGCUACAGGUCGUACGUGGUGGCGACGCUGGUUCAGCUACAGUGUUUGGACGGGAACGAGAUCAGUCGCUCGGAGAGAAUCCGGGCCUGUCAGUGUCUGGAGGAGGUGAGGAGGAGAGUGAUGGAGCAGGAGGAGCAGCAGGUGUGGAGGAGGGAGAAGGAGAAGAGAGGAGACACUGGUGACAGUGUGUGUCCGCGGCAGCAGGAGGCGCAGCAGGAGGCGCAGCAGGAGGAGCAGCAGGAGGAGCAGGAGUUCUGGAACACACCCUGUUCCUUUACACCAGAGUCUCGUUUGGAGGCACAUCGCCACCUGGAGGAGAAGAGGAGAGCCAUGGAGAAGUCGAAAGAAAAAAAACCAAAGCCUCAGAGAACGUUGAUCACAGAAGACGGUCGAGUCCUGAACGUCAAUGAAGCAAAACUGGAGUUCUCUCUGACUGAGGAUGAGGACAACAACCAGCUGCUCCUGGAUUUGACCGUUUACAGACACAUGGACACCUCCCUCCUGGACGUGGACAUUCAGCCGACAUAUACCAGAGUCUCUGUUAAAGGGAAGGUCUUUCAGCUGGUGCUGCCCGUGGAGGUGAAGCCCGACAGCUCGGUGGCUCAGCGGUCCCAGACCACCGGACACUUGCUGCUCACCAUGCCCAGAGCUGAAGGUGAAAUCAGAGGGACGUGUCACAGCAAAUCCCGACCAAUCACCAGCAGCCGUUUGACCCAGGGACCAGACAGGUACAGGUGUUUCAGACUAAGGUUUUUUACUGUUUGAACCGAUUAUUACUAACAGUAAAAUAAGAAGUACUUUUUAUAUUCACUGUUGAUAUAAAACACUGUUUGAACACAAUGGGUUUUUAACUAAAACUCACAUGGUUCAAGUCCCUGGAGAACCGUGAAGGUGAAAGUGAAGCAGUGUUUUUAUUUUUGUCCACACGUUUGAUUGAUGUUUGACCCCUUAAAUUUCUCAACCUAGUUCCAGCAGCAGGGGGCGCACCGUGUGCAGUCAGUGCUUUAACUGUUAAUGUUCUGCUGGUCCAGUGGGACCAUCGACAGCUCAGCUUCCCCUCCUGGUGACCCCUUCAGCUCGAAGGCCUCGUCGGACGGUUAGCUAUCGCUAUCGCUAUCGCUGCGUCGUCAUUAGCAUUUUACGAUCUCGCCCUCGCUCCCGUCCUUCACGUGUCCUCAUCAGAGAGAUGGUGAAUUAAAACGAUAAGCUGCUGCUGUCGGUGGCUGCGGAGGUUAGCGCUGACUUAUGGCACCAUCUGGACAUGAUUAGGUUUGUGACCUUUGACCUCAGACAUGGCUCCAGGAUCUGCGGCUGAAGGCCGUGAUUGAGCCUGAGAUGAAUGUCGUGGAUGACACCGGGCCCAGAGACGUUACCUCUGCAGCUCGGAAGGUUCAGAUGAACAUGCUAAUGUUCUGAGAGGCUCUUCACAGGUCAGAGGUCAGGGUCAAGGUCAGUCACGGUGCUGCUGCGGCCUUCUGGACCUCCGGAGUCGGAGGGACAGACAUAAAACAAAUCUCAGGCAGCGUUGACCAACGUGUGGAGGUGAUCUGAGUUCAGACCAAAGUCCAUAUUAACCACCACAGGAAUUAUGUGCUGCCCCCUGUGGUGAAGUAUCAGAACCACGUCAGUGCCGAGGCAGCAGUGGAUCAACAGCUGAUUUUCCCUCAACUGACACAACUGUUGACAAACUGGUUUCCUCUGGUGAGACACAGACAUGGGGGCCUGUGAUUGGUCACCUGCUCAUCAGCAGGGGGCGUGGCCUGUCUCCUACUUAAACCUCUGAGGUUAAUGAAGCGAGCAGACGUUCACACGACUGGAUGAUCGAUCACUUCCCCCGUUCUUAUCAAUAACAGUAUUGAUGAAGUCAUUCACUUUGAAGUUUGCAGAGUGGCUAAUGGAGAGGUCAAAGGUGAGGCAACGUUAGCGCUGCAGAGCAGAGAAAACCUGGCCCUCAGACUGAUUUACAGCUCCGGCUGUUUGAAGUCAAAACAUCAGGAGAAAAUCCACAGCUAGAAACAGGAAGGUUAGGGUUCGAUUCUCUUCCUGUUUCACUGCUGAGGUGGAGGUCGACUGGACGGAGAAGGUUUUUGUUCUUUGAAGACUUGGAUGUCCAGGUUUCUGUCUGACAAUGUCCCUUUGACCUCUGGUUGGUUGAUGUGUUUGGUGAAGGGUUCUAACUCCACAGUCCUGGUGGUGGAGCUGAGGUGGAGCAGCGUGGGAACCUGGAGCUCUGGCUUUUAGUCACUGUUCUUUGGUCAUUUUGACCAAGUAAAAAGUGACGUCAAAUGAGAACUUAGACACACACGUAGCUACUGGAUCACGUUUCUUUACUUUGAGUCUUUAGAGCCGUCUUUUAGAACAUGUGAAAAUUGUUUGUUUGUUUGAUUUUCUCCACUGACUUUGGUCUGAACUAAACUCUCUGAUUUUCUCCAUGGACUUUGGUCUGAACUAAAAUUUCUGAUUUU